AUUUGGCCAGCUGCUCAAACUGGCCUCUCGCAGGUCUGCUAUGCAGUCUGAAGCCUGAAUGAUGACUCUCAGCAGCAGCUCCCGCAUUUGCAUUUGAUGCAGACUUCUUGCAGACUUUAGUCGGGGGACCCAGCACCGCGGAUGACUCUGAACUCAAAAGAACUUUGCUGAUCGGAGGUUGGAGCAGAAAUAAAAACAAGAAUAAAGUACUUCCACUUUAUCGUUUGAGCCCUGGUCGAGUUAAAGACGCGGUUCUGGUGUUAACUCGCGUCGGGUGUAUUUUCAAAAUAGCUCCGGGGUUAAAGCGGUGCAGACGGGACUAGCUUUCCUGGCGGAGUAGCACUAAAGCUACAGCGCAGCAGACUACCCGCUCACAGUUCACGGCUGAGCUCGAGCCAGACGGAGUGCGCUAAAACUGGAGGGUUUAACUCCGGGAUGCAUCUCGGAGCGUCUAAUAAACAGCAACAAUUCGUCUUUAGCUAAGUAACGCUUUGGCCUCCACUCAUUUGGACCGUUUGAAGAGCAGUCGCUCCCGUGUUUUGUCCGAACCAACCCGCCUGGACUUUUUUUUGUUUGGUUUGGUUUUCCUCGACACUGUGGAAGGACUUAAACUGAACUCAAGAUGUCAAUUUUGCCUUUCACCCCCCCCAUUGUCAAACGACUUUUGGGCUGGAAGAAGGGCGAGCAGAACGGCCAGGAGGAAAAGUGGUGCGAAAAGGCGGUGAAAAGUCUCGUGAAGAAGCUAAAGAAGACGGGGCAACUGGACGAACUGGAGAAAGCCAUCACCACCCAGAAUAUCAACACGAAAUGCAUCACCAUACCGAGGUCUCUGGAUGGCCGUCUGCAAGUCUCCCACAGAAAAGGUUUGCCCCAUGUCAUCUACUGCCGCCUGUGGCGCUGGCCCGACCUGCAGUCCCACCACGAGCUGCGGGCGGUGGAGCUGUGCGAGUACGCCUUCCACACGAAGAAGGAUGAAGUGUGUGUCAACCCGUACCACUACCAGAGAGUAGAGACGCCAGUACUUCCACCAGUGCUGGUGCCCAGACACACAGAAAUCCCCAGUGAGUUCCCACCUCUGGAUGACUACAGCCAUUCAAUCCCAGAAAACACCAACUUCCCUGCUGGCAUUGAGCCUCAGAGUAACUACAUACCAGAAACGCCACCACCAGGCUACCUCAGUGAGGAUGGAGAGACCAGCGAUCACAAGAUGACCCACAGCAUGGACACAAGCUCCCCAAACCUGUCACCUAACCCCGUUUCACCCACACAAAACAACUUAGACCUUCAGCCAGUGACAUACUGCGAGCCGGCCUUCUGGUGCUCCAUUUCCUACUACGAGUUGAACCAGCGAGUAGGAGAGACCUUCCACGCCUCACAGCCCUCGCUGACCGUAGACGGCUUCACGGACCCCUCAAACUCAGAGCGUUUCUGCCUGGGCCUGUUGUCCAACGUCAACCGCAACGCCGCCGUGGAAUUAACACGCAGACAUAUUGGCCGUGGUGUGCGGCUGUAUUACAUCGGAGGAGAAGUGUUCGCCGAGUGUCUCAGCGACAGCGCCAUCUUUGUCCAGAGCCCCAACUGUAACCAACGCUACGGCUGGCACCCUGCCACCGUCUGCAAGAUCCCUCCAGGAUGUAACCUAAAGAUCUUCAAUAACCAGGAGUUUGCCGCCCUGCUGGCCCAGUCAGUCAACCAGGGCUUUGAGGCUGUGUACCAACUCACGAGGAUGUGCACCAUCCGAAUGAGCUUUGUCAAGGGCUGGGGGGCAGAGUACAGGCGACAGACGGUGACCAGCACCCCCUGCUGGAUCGAGCUGCACCUGAACGGCCCCCUGCAGUGGCUCGACAAGGUGCUCACACAAAUGGGCUCCCCCAGCAUCCGCUGCUCCAGCGUCUCUUAGGGAAACCGUCACCCACCCACUUCCUGUCAGUGACUAAAAACAUGCAGGGUGCAUCCCGAGUCUCUUAAUUGUCGUUUCCUCGCUCCUCGCUUGAACCGGAAGUUGUUCUGCGCCGCCAUAUUGACUGCUGUCCCAACGCUCUUAUUCUGCUCUAAGGGAGCGAGGAGGGAUCUCGGAGGAGCCACGAUGGAGGAGGCACGAGAGCGCGUUUCCAGGAAGUGUUUUAACGCUCGACACGCCCCCUCGUUGUUCAUCCGUUAUUUGAUUGGACGGCUGCAACUGAUACCAGAGGAAAGACAGAUCACAGAUUAAACUCAAGUUUUAUAUAUUAGAUUUGUUUUCUGAUUCACCAUCUGGUUAAAAUAUAUCGUCGUUGUAUGUCUGAACAACAAAAGGACUACAAACAACUUUCUUCAUUUUUAAAUAUAAUUGUCUUUUCUUGAUCUGUUAUUUCCCUCCAUAACUGUUAUCAUGGAUACAGAAAAAAGUCGUUAUCAAUAUUCUAAGCAGAUUUUUAAAAGAAUUUUUGCUUAAAAACUGCAGAGAGCCAAACUCAACGUCAAAAGUCUCUCCAGCUGUUAAAGACGACUGACAGCUGAUCCAGCGGUGAUCAGAGCUUCACGUGACGCUUCGCGUGACGCUUCAGAGGAAAGGACUUCUCAUUUCUCUUAAAACAUGUUUCCUCGUUUCCUCUCUCCUCGCAUGGUUUCCUUGCGUCUCUCCCUGUAUCCCUGGUGGGAGGGACUAAGACGCGAGGAAAAGAUGCAAGUGAGGGAAACGGGGACGCAAUUAAGAGACUUGGGAUGCACCCACAGAAUGCAUGCAGGCACAGCUACACAAGUACGGAAAGAUGACGACCCCACCCACCCACCCCCUACCCUCAUUCAGCCAAUCCUCAAUCUGUAAGUCCCUCCUCCCCACCAGCUGUCAGUAGCACUUUUUAUAUACAUGUUUGUGGCGAAAGGGGACAAGUGCAUUAAAGCAGUACCAUGUAAGUAUGUUCUCAACAUUUUGUCCAGAAUUAUUAUGAUGGCAAAGUGCCAGAAAGGCUGAGGCAACGGGAGGAGGGUUUUUUUCUUCUUCUUUUCAAUUAAGAGUUUCUCAUUUCUUUCCUCUUGUUUAAAUUUCAUUUUAUUGUUUGUGAUUUAUAUACGUAUUUUUUUUUUUGUACAGAUGUUACAGUGGAUAUAAAAAAAAAAAAAAAAAGAAAUUAACUUAAUUUUUUUUAAGCAUUAAUAAUAAUUUUGUAAAGCAUGUAUGAGAUCAUGUUAAAUGCAUUUCACUUGACUUUGUCUCUGUAUUUUGGGCAUUUGAUUGGUUAUGAAGACAUUAACAAAUGUGACCCAGUGAGACGGAUUGAAAAUUAAUAUUCUAAUGGGAAUGUUCAGCCACCUUUUGUAAACCCUGUGUGAAGGAACAUACUGUACAUUAUGUUCCUGUUGCCUGUGUUACGCUGACCAGGCAAAUAGCUCCAUGUUCAACCACAGAUUUGAUUUUCAGAUGGGAACAAAAGAUAGUCUAGAUUAAACCGAAGCAUCUACAGGAGUUACAACUCUUAAAACCCAUACGAGUACUUAAACACAGUAGCAUUCAUCAAAUGUCAUCAGGAGGAUGAUGCACUUUUUUAUUAUUUUUUAACAAAUAUUCUAGCAAAGCAAUGUUGGCAAAGUGCAUUCAAUGGCAGUUGUAGUUCGUGGCUGCAAUAGUUCUUGUCAGAAGGUUAUAUGAAAUAUAUCCUGCAUUGAUUUCAGGAAGCUUUGCCAAUUUGCAUUCUAUUGUGUAAGUAGGUAGUAUUAUGACUUGAAAAACAUCUCACAUACUGUACAGUUCUGCAAACCUUUAGUUAAAUUAUGACUUGAGCACACGAAAUGUAGUCUGAAUACUUGUCUGUGAUAUGAGUAUUCUGCAGAAGGCUGCGUAAAGAGAGCAGGAAGAUGCCUUUUUGCUUUUUUAAUUUUCUCUCUCAGCAGUCCAUAAUAUCGGUCUUAUUUUUAGCCAUCAGUGAUAUUGACUUUUUUUUGCACACUCAGGACCGUGAAAAAAAAACAAAAAACAGCUGAAUUAUGUACAUAAUCCAGUGAAAAGAACAGACGCGUGACUCUCGAGACUCUUAACGUCUAUUUUAAUACCAAUUAUUUUUGUAGGACAAUAAGGUUUUUUUUUUUUGCUUGAAAGAAAAUACGAACCGUGUAUUUUUCUACCUGUGAAGAAGACGAGUGAAACCUUUUACAUGUAAAUAUCAGGAGCUUCUCAAAAUCUGAUGUACCCUUGUUUUUGUUUUAUUUCUUGGUCUUUGUACAUGUAGUACAUGUCCUAUAAUGUGACCGUCAACCUUUAUAAUGUUGAUGGUUUUUGAAACAAAAGAA